AUGUCCGCCUCCGCAGCAUCUCACGCUGCGGCCGAGCAGACGCAACCUUUGCUCGCACCCGGCGGAGAAGAGGAAGGUCUUCAAUACCAACGACAUUACGCGCGAGGUGGAGAGGAUUUGUCAGGAGAGACGGAGGCGCAAGAGGAGGAGGAGAGAAGAAAAGUGUUGAGAGAGACGGAUAGAGACUCUACACCUUGGCGAGUGUUCAGGAGCAACAACAUGUCGGGAUCUGCUUGGGUUGUCCAGGUGAGCAAAAGAGAGUGUGCAUGUGAGGGCUUUAUUGCAUUGUGAGGCUCACACCGCACCAAACAAUCACCUUUUCGCAGAUCUUUGCAGCGGCCUUUGUGGCGCUCGUCUGGUCUUUGGUGUUCAGCAAAAUGCCCUGGAACAACCUUCCGCUGUUUGGCUAUCAUCCGUUGUUGCAGGUGGGUGCUACUGUCGACGUUUCGUGGGGAGUGUCUUAGGCUGACGGGCACGGGGCGGGGCGCUCCAUAGUCGCUGGGUCUCGUCUUCAUCAGUCAAUCCAUCCUCGUCCUCCAGCCAACGACGACGAGCAGACCCAAAUCCAAAGCUUCCGCCCUUCUGCUGCACCAACUCAUCCAUCUCGGAAUCGUGCUGCCGCUCUUUACAGCUGGUGCCAUCAUCAUGUGGUACCUUCAUUCCAAACCCGGCACACAACAUUUCAUCAGCUGGCAUGGUACCUUCGGUUUCGCCGCUGUCAUUAUCGCUUGGGCGCAGGCUGCUGUUGGUGCGGCUACUGUAUGGGGAAAUGGCAAGCUUCUCGGAGGACCAAAUAUAGCCAAAGGGCUGUGGAAGUGGCACAGGUGCGUAAAUGAGCUCGGAGCAGCCCAAACCUUGUUCACGGAUAUCUGAUCAUGCCCCUUCAUCGCAAUACCGCGCCUCGACUGGCCACCACAGACUGUCUGGAUACAUCCUCCUCCCGCUGUUUCUCCUCACCUUCCUACUCGCCAUCCUCGAGACAACUUGGGUGCAAGGUGCUACGAGCGGCAAGGAGAGAGCCGUCAUCGUCUUGGCUCUCGUUGGCACUUUUCUGGGCGGCGCAGCGAGGGUGCAGACUAGCAAGCUUCCCAAGAAGACCGACUUUGUGCCGGCUGGACGUAGGUGA